GGGUGUCUUGAUUUGAUGCCUCCGGCAAAAAGUUUCAAAAACUUUUUUCGUAGACUUCUCAAAGUAGAAUACUUUAUUGAAGAAGGUGAAAGUGAUAAAAGGGGUUUGAUGCUCUACAAGGUACAAGUUUUGAAGCAUGAGGUGGUGAAACAUCUCGUAGGAGAUCAUUAUCGUUUUAUUUGUAAUCCUACAGAGAAAGUCGAUCAUCAAAAAAUUCAACAUGUGAGCUUUAUGGUGGACUCUUAUUGGAAAGCUCCAUCCUGGCUUCGUGAUGCGAAACAGUUGAAGACUCUGCUUUUUCUUCCUUAUCAAUCUUGUGGGCUUAUUGUUAUUCCAGAACUCAAUGAAAUUUUGGAAACUCUAAAGGUUUUACAAGCUUUGGAUUUAGCCAUUGUGAAUUGUAAAAGUUGUUUGACUUCUGUAGGGAAACUUAAGCAUUUAAGAUACCUUAGACUUGGUGUCUCGUAUGAACUUCUCCCAAACCACCUAACAGACUUUCCAUUCUUGCAAACUCUAGACCUACGACGCUCUGGCAUUCUACAGUUACCAAAGGACUUUUGUACAUUGAGUAAUAGUUUAAGGCACUUGUAUGUUGGGGAUAAAUUGACUGAUCUACCACCUAGGUUUGCCGAUUUUUCAAAACUGGAAACCUUAGAUGUAUUCAUUUUGGGAAAAAAUAAUGGGCUAGAUACACUCGCCCAUUUUACCAAGUUGGUAGGAACUCUGAAGAUUCGUUAUCAACAAAGUCGUGAUCACCAUAAACUUCCUGAACAUGAUAAAAUUCUAGCAAAGAUGACGCUUGAUAAUUUGUCAUUAGUAUGGAAGUCUUUGAAUGCGGACCCUGAUGUAAUUACUCACCAGAAGGAGGUUGUAGAGUUGGAAUUCUUACAACCUCCUCCCACCGUAAAAAACUUAGAAGUUCAAGGCUGGACGGGAAUAAGUUUUCCGAAUUGGGCUAUGGAACAAAAAUUCUCAUACUUGCUCAGUAAUCUUGUGUCCUUAAAAAUAACAGAUUGCAGUCGCUGUCGAAAUUUGCCAUCCUUUAGUACAAUGUAUAAUCUUGUGUCCCUUCAGCUUCGGAGCCUCAAUGCCUUGGACUUGAUAGAGGAUUCUGAUAAUUACAAGGAAGCUGCUUCUACAAAAACAUUUUACCCAUCCCUUAAGUUUCUGAUGUUGGCUAAUCUGCCCCAACUGAAGGGAUGGUUUAAAAGUGAUAAAAAUGAAUUUCCAGAACAAGUUUUCAAUUAUCUUUCUGAACUCAGAAUAAAUGGUUGCCCAAAGCUGAUGUCCAUGCCCUUGGUUCGAACUGUUGAGACUCUGGAAGCAGUCAAUAUACAUGCAAACCUACUGAAACAACUACUGAAUGAUCAAGAAACAUCUAUUACUUCCACACUGAAGAAGCUCCAUAUCAAUUCAGUUCAUGAAUUGGAUUCUCUUUCAGUCACCUUAUCUUCCUUGCAUACAUUGACGAUGAGAAAAUGCAAAGAGUUGAUCAAAGUUGUUUUAAAGUCUUCAACACCUCUCAGACGCCUCGGAAUUCAUGAUUGCAGCAGACUGAGAGAUUUAUCGCCCCCAUUGCACAGACUCUCUGUCCUUGAAGAACUAGAAAUCGAGUCAUGUGAAGAGUUGGAUUCUGCAGCCUUGAUAAAUGAUGAUGAGGGAAUCAGCGAGAUUUCAAGGACGGCAUGUAAACAUCUCCAGAGCCUUCACAUAUUGAAAUUGACAAACAUCAUCAGAGGGGAACUACUAGUAAAGGCUCUCACUUGUUUUACAACACUUCAAAAGCUCUCUUUGCAUUGGCAAUAUAAGUUGAGAAACCUUCCGGAGUCAAUUGGGUACCUAAGCCAACUUCAAUGGCUUUCCAUCCGAUAUUUACCUGAUUUGGUGAGCCUUCCUGAAUCACUUGUUCAGCUUUCUGCAUUACAGCAUAUGGAGAUUCGAUAUUGUCCUAGAUUAAAUCAACUCCCAAAAUCUUUUAAUUUGCUUAAGUCUUUGCAACGACUUGAGAUUGUGGAAUGUAUUAAACUAAAAGAAAGAUGUCAGAAGCCAAACGGAGAAGAUUGGCCUCUUAUAAAGCACAUCAGUAAUUUUCAUCUUAGAUGAUACCCUAAACUGGAUCAGGGAAUGGAAGGACUAAAUGAGAAUAGAAUCCUAAUUACCCGUAUUUAUUCCAACUGAGACAAGAGACAAGGCCGGAUUCUAAGGAAAGAAGCGAUGAAAUUCAAUAUUCUGGAGUACGGAAUUACCUGCUAUAACACACAUUGUCAAGGAUACUGAAGUUAUGGUCAUAUUUGAUGUUCUUUGCAUUAGUCAUCAGUAAUUACUCAUUUCUGCUUCUGUUGUAUCUUCAUGUUCUUCUUGUUCUUGUUCUUGUUCAUUUACAUCUCUCUCUACUGUCCCCUUCUCACCAUUACUAUUGCUCUCCUCAUUUCUUUCUUGACGCAUCACCAAAUCAAGCUACUCCCUACCACACAGUAAUCAAUUUGAUCAAUAAUUUUGCAUUGGACAGAAUCUAUAAUUACAAUUUUAGAAAGUAAUCUCUUUGCAUAACGACAUUUUAUUAGUUGCAAAGAGAGCUAUAUCAAGCGCAUUAAAGAUAUCUUGAAUUUGUUGUAGGGUCUAUGUCUUGAUUUAUAAGCAACUUAACUAAAAAAAAAUCCAAAAACUUAUCAAUUUUUUUUAUUUGGUUUGAUAUACGAAAAUAAUUAAACCGCAUAUGAAAAAAUAGGGGCGUUUGGUAAAUAGUUUGUUGAAUGAUUUUAACUUAUUUAAGAAACAUUAGUUGUGGCGAAAACUACACUCUAUGCAAUAUCCACCCACUAUACACCAAAUUUACAUUCAAUUAUACUAUGGUUGACAUUGAUAAACAUGUAACUUGUGACAAGAUCGUGCAUUUUAUAUUUUCCUAAACCUUUUCCUUUUGUUCUUAACCACAUCCUAUAUGCUCCUUAUUUUAUAAAAAGUCAAAUCUUUAUUAGACAAUACAAAAAGAACAUUUCUAUAAAAUUUGAUGUGUUUAAACAAACGAAGCAAAAAGUUUUCUUUCUAAGCUAUUUCUGAUUACUGAGUUUUUCCUUGAAUUGGAAACCAUCAAGUUCUUGGGUUGCAUCAGUAGCUCCUUUCUCUAGGAUAUCCUUGUACUACAGUG